GAGUGUUUUGUUUUUGUUUGUCAUCAUUCAAACCACCACCACACACCUCCUCGGAGUGUGAGUCUCCGCUCCUCCCUCCUCCUCACACGGAUUCUGGCAGGUGGAGGAAAUGACAAGCGAGACGCCGGUGACAGCAGCGACGAUGCCGGGCUCGCUGUCGCUCUCGCUCUCGCACCGACAACCGGCUCCAGGUCACCGGCAGCACGGAGCUCCUGUCCCCGCAGAGACGGACACGAUGAUGAUGACAGUGAUGCCCGGCGCUGCUCCGCUGCUGCUCCCGCCUGGGAUUAUCAAUCCGUCGCUGCCAAUCCGGAAUAUCAGGAUGAAAUUUGCGGUUCUCGCCGGACUCAUUCAGGUCGGAGAGGUGAACAACCGGGAUAUUGUUGAGACGGUGCUGAAUUUGCUGGUCGGGGGUGAGUUCGACAUGGAGACAAACUUCAUUAUCCAAGAGGCAGAGAGCAUCGGCUGCAUGGUGGAGCUGCUGGAGCACUGCAACGCCACGUGUCAGGCAGAAAUCUGGAGCAUGGUCACGGCCAUCCUUCGAAAAAGUUUUCGGAACUUGCAGACCAGCACCGAGGUGGGCCUCAUCGAGCAGGUGCUGCUCAAGAUGAGCUCCGUGGAAGACAUGAUUGCAGACUUGCUGGUGGACAUGGUGGGAGUUUUAUCCAGUUACAGCAUCACGGUUAAAGAGCUGAAGCUGCUCUUCAGCAUGCUGCGAGGGGAAGGAGGCGUCUGGCCGAGGCAUGCUGUCAAAAUGUUGUCAGUGCUGAAUCAGAUGCCCCAGAGACACGGUCCAGAUGCUUUCUUCAACUUCCCUGGUCGCAGUGCUGCAGCCAUCGCUUUACCUCCAAUCGCCAAGUGGCCUUAUCAGAGCGGGUUUACUUUAAACACCUGGUUCAGAAUGGACCCACUGAAUAACAUCAACGUGGACAAAGACAAACCCUAUCUCUACUGCCGCUGUCACAUCCUCAAAGUGUCUCAGAGGUCUCUGACUCGUCUCACCUCGGUCUCCUGCUUGGAUCUGAUCUGCUGCGUCACUUUCGAGCUUCUUCUCUGCAGGAGACACAUCAUCUCAGUGAAGAUCCUGUGA